AUGGGUAAAGUGAAGUCAUUUUUCAGGGUCCUUGCCUGCCCCAAAAAAGGUGGGACCAGAAGUACCCGAACAAGAGCGCAAGACAAGCCAUCAAACGAGGCUGCCGAGGAUACCAGUGGACACAUAUUUAAGAAGAACAUAUCGGUCGAUGAAGAAGAGAACUUUUCCGAGUUGCGUGGCGACAACUUCUCGUUCUCUGCCAUUGUAAACUCAACGGAUGCCGUUGUACAGCAACCGGAAUGCGCUUUUGCGAAUUUCAAUCAGCAGAUGUCAAUUGAAUGUCCAGAAGGUAGUCGACAACAUGUAGCUAUUUUUUCGUUGUGUAACAUCCUUUUGUUCAAGAUUAAGCAGGACCUUCUACUCGCUUUAUUCUGCCUACACAGGCAAUCGAUGCGAGUCCAUUUGAGGCGCCAGUUUGUUAAAAAAAUUGCUUAUGUUUUCAAACGCAACCUCGAAAAUUCUGCCAGGCACGCCGUCAUCACGCUAAGACGUUACCGAAUGCCACUACAACACCAUCCAAAGUUCCUGAUUGCCAUCACCAGAAUCGAAAACAACCUUGAAAAACCGGUAGUGAGGAAUGUGCAAGCGUCCUUCCAAGCCUUGAGAAAUAGAAGACCUCCAGUCACUCCACCAGGGUCUACGAGUCAAAGGAGCCACGCAGCGUCUGAAGGCAAGCGGCAGGGAUCUAUCAUUUCUUCUAAGCCUGAUUCUGCUUACAUCUGCAAUAAGUCGCUCGGGGUGUCAUCUACUCAACUGACUCAAGGUUACCAACCGCGGUCUAAUACAACUGGCACCUCUCGGCCCAUCAAACUGAAUGAUUUAGCCAGACACCGGGCAUCUACAUUAUCUGGAAACGGUGCUGUAGAUGCUAAUGGAGCCCACUUAAGGGCAGCUCAAUCUUGCCACUCCAAAAGUGCGUCAACUGGGCCGUCGGUUACACGCGAUGAUAAAGGCGCAGCAUUAAAAUGUGUAGAUGAGUGCAUUCAACAAGAUAUUCACAACAAAACGGAUUGCAGCAGUAGCAAACAGGUGGAUAAGAAAAAAAUUGGCAAUUCAAUCUUCCAAAACGCCAUAAAAGGCGCACAGCGCUCUAUUCCGGCCGUAGCGGAGCAGAAGACAAACAUUAUAUGGGAACUAGAUUUCUUCACAUGUGAGCCUUACGUAUCCUAUGCCUACAAGUCCAUUAGAUGUUCAUCAUUAACGCGCAAUGAUGCGCCUGUAAGUGUCACCGUUACGCCUAACGCAUUACAACGUCUGAAGUUCCUCACCCGAGGCAACGAAAACAGGAGCCUGGUCGUCUCAGUCACGGGAGGAGGGUGCUCAGGUUUUCAGUAUAACUUCAAAAUAGUGGAUGAUACGAAUGAUCUAAGGUGCAUAUACGAUAGCGACAAUUGCAUGAAAGUAUUCAGUGACGAUGCGAGUUUGGAACUAAUCGAUUCGUGUACCAUAGACUAUCAGAACAACCUGGUAGGGUCGAAGUUCGUGCUUGAUAACAUAAGGAACCUCUCGAAGCGUUGUUCUUGCGGAAACUCUUUUGAUAUCAAAGAUUAA